AUGAUCAGCGACAGCUUGCCGAUAUUAUUCCUAGGACGCUUUACGGGCGGGGUUGGUACCACGCUUCUCUACAGUGUUUUCGAGGCUUGGAUGAUCUCCGACUAUCAUGAAAGAGGUUUACAGGCUUUCGCAUUGCAGCUUGGUCCUAUAUUCAGUGCCAUGACUACCAUUAGCUGUGUUGUCGCUAUAGUGUCUGGUGUUCUGGGCGACGUGCUCGUUACAGCAUCCGGCACGAGAAUUUGGCCUUUCAUGGUGGCUAUAGCCUGUUGCUGUGGCUCUGGCACGCUGAUAUGGCUGAAUUGGCGUGAUAAUUUCGGUAACUCUUCGCUGGACCACGGUUCGACAGACGGCAUUCGAUCCGGGGUUCGAGCCAUCAUUCGUGAUGCUCGCGUUGUGUCGGUUGGCCUCAUCUCAUGCGUAUUCGAAGGCACCAUGUACCUCUUUAUUUUCUUCUGGUCUGCUGCCUUGCAGAAUGCCAGGAUGGCAACAGGCUCGUCUGAGGAUCUGCCUUUUGGACUCGUCUUCUCCAACUUUAUGUGCGCCAUGAUGGCCGGAUCUGCAUUGGUCACUCGCCUUAUUCAGCGCUCAAACGGAUCGCGAGGCUCAACAGAUGCUCUCCUUGCUGUGCUUUUGCUAGCUGCUUGCUCCUUGGCCAUGGCCGUGGGGCUCCGGAAUGAAAUAUCGGUAUUCUGGACAUUUUGUCUUUUGGAAGCUUGCAUCGGAGCUUACUUCCCCGCCAUGGCGAGCUUGAAGAGCGAAUUGGUCGAGGACAGAGCCCGUGCAAUGAUCUACAGCAUUCUGCGGUUUCCUCUCAAUGUCUUCGUCGUGGUUGGGCACAGUCUAGACAAAGAAGGUAUGUGA